UGGUCAAAUCAUAACGGCGCCCCUAACGCGUAUGAUGUGGAGACGACGGCAUAUGCUCUUCUGGCGUUCUUGAAAUUUGAUGACUUUAAUACAUGUUAUAAGAUAGUGGCAUGGUUGACCCAACAAAAUAGUGCAAUUGGAGUGUGGUAUACAACACAGGACACUGUUGUCGCCAUGCAAGCCCUCGCAACGUACAGCGCACGUACAUACAAUCCAGACACAAACCUCAAAGUGAAAAUUGAAAAAGCAAGUGCUGCUUUGAAAAAGGAAACUAUUGUAAACACUGAAACGUCACGAAUUCUCAUUCCAGGCCUUCCUGUGGAAAAAAACGACAGGAAAUUCGAUGUCACGGUCAGUGGACGGGGGUCGGGUGUACUGAAGAUUGAAAUGUUUUACAACAGAAAGGCUCGGGACGACGAACUGUGCCCCUUUGAUAUCAGCCCGAUCAGUGUGAAGGAUGUUGUUCCCGCUAUUGCAAACAAUCCAGAUGCGCAGUUUAUUCUUGCUGCAGUGUGACGUGUGUGGGUAUUGCAAUGAUCCUGAUGAUCCUGACUAUGAAGACGAUAUGAUCAUCAUCCAAAAGCAAGAGGCAAUACAAGGAGUGCAAACUCAAAAAUGUAUUCAAUUCACAUUGCGAACAGUGUAUAUCAAUACGUUCCGCUGCUUACUCAUAGGUCUAAGUUGGCCAGUAAUGACGCAGAUGCAGAACAACAAGGUCUUGCCGCGCUAUGAGAUGCCGUCAGACGGUCAAGGAUUUAUCAUCCUUUACCUGAACAGUAUCACGAGUAAUGCAACCAACCUUAUAUUCAGACUAGAUGAUCAUUUUUCUGGCAACGAUUCAAGUCGUCAGCCGGCAUCUCUUAAGGUGUACGACUACUACAAACCAGAACGCUCCUGCAUGAAGCAGUAUGGCAUUGGCCGGAAUCAUGGACAGGAAAUAAAGUACAAGUGUGACGACGGGAGCGACCAGUGUCAAUGCAUGCACAGCCAGUGUAUAAAGCAAGUGAAUCAGGAGCUGUUCGAUAUGGCUUUGAAAGUCAAUCAGGCGAGUCCGGCUUAACGAAAGAAUCUUCCCAAACCAGUCGAGGCAUUGAUGAUGGACUACGCGUGCAACUUUGAGAAAGCUAACUAUGUUGUAAACAUCGAGCUGGAAACGGUAGGAUACGAUUCGAAAAGGGAGGUACAGUCUGCAAAAGCUAUAAUAAAGGAGGCACCGCUUCAAGGUCGUCAAAAGAUGACAGUGGAUGACGAAAUUGAAUUUGAAUGGCCCAUUGGAUGUACGCAACCGCAAUUGACAGAGGGAAGGAUAUAUUACGUCAUAGGGAAGGACGGGACAGCUUUCAAUGAUGCGGGAGGGACCAGUUUGAAGUAUGAACUGACGGGCACGGCGCUUGUCAUCGAUCCAGCGUACAAACCCCUGUUACAGAUUGUAAUGAACAGUUUCGUUAAGGAUCUGAAAACCAACACAGGAUGCAACAACUAGGCGUUGAAGAUCCAAUUUUGGGCCACGCUCGCGUCGACGCUCUAGUAUUGACUCACGUCCAAGUGUUGUGUUGUGACUGACGAGAGAGGCAUAGUUUUUCACAAACAGGUUUUGACGUUCCCUUUUAAGUUUGGCAUCAUUUGUGCCGUACAGUAUGCUUGUUAGCACAUGUUCGUAUUAAUAAUGGUCUUUUUAACCUACAUAAAGAUACUUAAAAGCAAUCAAUCGCGAAUAUGAUUGAAUUGUUCUUACUUAAUCAAACUGUAUUAUUGCGUUCAGUUUAAUAAAUACAUAUAAUUGUUGGAUCUGAGAAUUCAUCUGAGAAGUGCGCAGAUUCAAGAUUUAUUAUUAAUAAAAGCUUUGAAAUUGUAAUGGUCUAACAGCACCUUAAUGUUGAAUCUAACUCGGUAUCCACCAUUUUAU